AUGCUCGAACGAUUCAAAGUACCCAAGAAAGACGAAGUGCGCGUUCCCAUCGAGUCCCUGCAAGAGGUUAUACGGGCGGUAUUUGAGAAGAUGGGCAACUCGGAGUCUGACGCAAUCGAAGCGUCCGAAGUGCUCGCCAUGACCGACCUGCGCGGCGUCGAGACUCACGGUGUCUCCAACAUGCUCCGCGCCUACGUCUCCCAGUACACCAGCGGGCAGGUCAACCCGACACCCAACUGGCGCAUCGAACGCGAGACACCCGGCACAGCCGUCAUCAACGCCGACAAAGGACUUGGCGUCGUUCUCGGCAGGCGCGCUAUGGACAUCGCAAUCGAGAAGGCGCGCAACGUUGGCAUGGGCAUCGUAACCAUGAACAACGGCGCACACCUCGGCGCGGUCGGUCACUUCUCCAUGUACGCCGCCCAGCACGACAUGGUCGGAAUGUGCGCCACCUCAGCCGGCAGAGGCGUCCUCCCCACAUUCGGCGCGGAAGGGCGCUUCGGCACGAACCCCAUUUCCAUCGCCGCGCCCGCCAACAAGGAAGCGCCCCUGCUCUUCGACGCCGCCACAUCCCAGAUUGCCGGCAACAAGUUCUCCUUGGCUCGCAGAGUCGGCUCAGACCUGCUCCCCGGCUGGAUUUCCGACGAAGAGGGCAACCCAAUAAUGGAAGAGACGCCUGUCCCCGGUGGCGAGGGUGUCAACUAUGGCAGCCUGCUACCAAUGGGCGGCACGCGCGAAAAUGGCUCACACAAGGGCUACGGCUUCCUCAUGAUUGUGGACAUCCUCUGCGCCUUCAUGUCCGGCUCAGUCCCCUCAGUCUUCGACGAGGAAUACUUCGAAAGCGGCUACAAGCACUACUUUGCCGCAUACAACAUCGCCUCAUUCACCGACGUUGACGCCUUCAAGAACAAUAUGGACCAGAUGCUCCGCACACUGCGCGAGACCCCGCCCGAACCCGGCAGCGAGCGCGUCCUCUACCCCGGCCUCGCCGAGUACGAAGAAGAGCAGGACCGCCGCGCCAACGGCACCCCCCUGCACACCGAAGUCAUCGGCUGGUUCGAAGAAAUCUGCAACGAACUCGACAUCCCCCACCUACAAACGAUGUAA